UAGAGCGGCCGCGCGCUCCCGGCGGGCUUGCUCUUCUGCACCCUGCGAUGCCCCGCAGGAAGUCCGCGUCGGGCGGCCUUCCUGCCGCCGCCCAAGCCCCGGGGAGGCAAGCGGUUCUGAGCCGGUUCUUCCAGUCUGCCGGAAGCCUGAGAUCCACCGCGUCCCCCACGGAGCCCGCGGAGAAGGUUACAAAAGGUGACAGCAGGAAGAGGUCAUCAGGGAAUGAUGGGCCCAUUAAGAAGAGAGCAAAGAAAGUUCCAGAGAAGGAAGAAGAAAAUACCCCAGUAACAUCUGGAAACCCUGAGCCAAAGAAGUGUCUGAGGCCCAGGAUUGUUUUAAAGUCUCUGGAAAAGCUGAAAGAAUUCUGCUGUGAUUCUGCUCCCCCUCAAAACAGAGUCCAGACAGAACCUCUUCGGGAGAGAUUUGCAGUUCUGCCAAAAUGUACUGAUUUUGAAGACAUCACUCUGCAACGUGCGAAGAAUGCAGUUUCUUCUGAGGAGUCCAAAUCUCAGGCUAAUCAGAAAGACAGUCAAUUUGGACCAUGCCCUGAAAAUUUCCGGAAGCCUUCUGACUGUAACUCUUUGAACAAGCGAUCCAAAAGCGUCUAUACGCCAUUAGAAUUGCAGUACAUGGAUGUGAAGCAGCAGUAUAAGGAUGCAGUUUUGUGUGUGGAAUGUGGGUACAAGUACAGAUUCUUUGGGGAGGAUGCAGAGAUUGCUGCCCGGGAACUCAAUAUUUAUUGCCACUUGGACCACAACUUCAUGACGGCAAGCAUACCCACUCACAGACUGUUCGUGCAUGUCCGUCGACUCGUGGCCAAAGGAUACAAGGUUGGAGUUGUGAAACAAACAGAAACCGCCGCCUUAAAGGCCAUCGGAGACAACAAGAGUUCUGUCUUCUCCCGGAAGUUAACUGCUCUUUAUACGAAGUCCACACUCAUUGGAGAAGAUGUGAAUCCUCUAAUCAGGCUGGAUGAUUCUAUAAAUAUCGAUGAGGUAACGACAGAUACUUCUACCAACUAUCUUCUAUGUAUCUACGAAGAGAAGGAAAAUACUAAGGACAAAAAGAAGGGCAAUGUUUCCAUUGGUCUCGUGGGAGUGCAGCCGGCCACGGGCGAGGUCCUGUUUGACUGCUUCCAGGACUCAGCCUCCAGACUGGAGCUGGAGACUCGCUUGUCAAGCCUGCAGCCCGUGGAACUGCUGCUCCCUUCCCAGCUGUCGGAGCAGACGGAGAUGCUCAUCCACAGGGCCGCUGCUGUCAGUACGCGGGAUGACAGAAUUCGAGUAGAAAGGAUGGAUAACACUUAUUUUGAAUACAGCCAUGCUUUUCAGGCAGUUACCGAGUUUUAUGCCAAAGAGGUGGUUGACAGCAGGGGCUCUCAGAGUUUCUCUGGUGUCAUUAACUUGGAGAAGCCUGUAAUCUGCUCCUUGGCUGCCAUAAUAAGAUAUCUCAAGGAGUUUAACCUGGAAAAGAUGCUGUCCAAACCAGAGCAUUUUAAACAGCUGUCAAGUGGAAUGGAAUUCAUGAGAAUUAAUGGAACAACGUUGAGGAAUCUGGAAAUCCUGCAGAAUCAGACUGAUAUGAAGACCAAAGGAAGUCUGCUCUGGGUUUUAGACCACACUAAGACCUCAUUUGGGAGGAGGAAGUUAAAGAAGUGGGUGACCCAGCCAUUGCUUAAAUUAAGGGACAUAAAUGGCCGACUUGAUGCCAUAGCUGAUGUUCUCCAUUCAGAGUCCAGUGUGUUUGAGCAGAUAGAAAACCAUCUACGGAAAUUACCCGACGUCGAGAGAGGACUUGGUAGCAUCUAUCACAAGAAAUGCUCUACGCAAGAGUUCUUCUUGAUUGUCAAAAGCCUGAGUCACCUGAAGGCAGAGCUUCAAGCGUUAAUGCCUGUUGUUAAUUCCCACGUACAGUCAGACUUACUCCGAACACUCAUCUUAGAAAUUCCUGAGCUCCUCAGUCCAGUGGAACAUUACUUAAAGAUACUGAAUGAACAAGCUGCCAAAGUUGGCGAUAAAACUGAAUUAUUCAAAGACCUGACUGACUUCCCUUUAAUAAAAAAGAGGAAAGAUGAAAUUCAAGAAGUUACUCAGAGUAUCCAAAUGCAUUUACAAGAAUUACGAAAAAUACUAAAACUUCCUUCUUUGCAAUAUGUGACUGUAUCAGGACAAGAGUUUAUGAUUGAAAUGAAGAACUCGGCUGUAUCUUGCAUCCCAGCUGACUGGGUGAAGGUUGGAAGCACAAAAGCUGUGAGCCGUUUCCACCCUCCUUUUAUUGUAGAGAACUACAGACGUCUGAACCAGCUCCGGGAGCAGCUAGUCCUUGACUGCAGCGCUGAAUGGCUUGAUUUUCUAGAGAAUUUUGGUGAACAUUACCACACUUUGUGUAAGGCCGUGAAUCACCUAGCAACUGUUGACUGCAUUUUCUCUCUGGCCAAGGUCGCUAAGCAAGGAAAUUACUGCCAGCCUGGUCUACAUAGUGAGCUGAAGGCCAGCCUGGGUUAUAUAGCGAGACCCUAUCUCAAUCUGCACUCUCCAAAUAAAGACCAACCCUUCCGAUCCCCUUCUGGUGCACUAAAUGAAAUUCCAUUUGUUUGUUUCCAGCAGGACUCUGAGAGAGUAAUGAUAAUCACUGGACCAAACAUGGGCGGGAAGAGCUCCUACAUAAAACAGGUCGCUCUGGUGGCUAUCAUGGCUCAGAUCGGUUCCUACGUUCCUGCAGAAGAAGCAACAAUUGGGAUUGUGGACGCCAUUUUCACACGGAUGGGUGCUGCAGACAAUAUAUACCAAGGUCGGAGCACUUUCAUGGAAGAACUCACGGACACAGCAGAAAUAAUCCGGAAAGCAACACCUCAGUCCUUGGUUAUCCUGGACGAGCUGGGAAGAGGGACAAGCACCCAUGAUGGCAUCGCCAUAGCCUACGCUACGCUGGAGUAUUUUAUCAGAGACGUGAAAUCCUUAACCCUGUUCGUCACCCACUACCCACCAGUCUGUGAACUAGAAAAAUGUUACCCGGAGCAGGUGGGGAAUUACCACAUGGGAUUCUUGGUCAAUGAGGAUGAAAGCCAGCAGGAAUCAGGUGACCCGGAGCAGGUGCCAGACUCGGUCACAUUCCUCUAUCAGAUAACCCGAGGAAUUGCAGCGAGGAGUUACGGCCUGAAUGUGGCGAAGCUAGCGGAUGUGCCUGGAGAAAUCUUGAAGAAAGCCGCUCACAAGUCCAAAGAGCUGGAAGGCUUAGUCAACCUGAGAAGGAAAAGGCUCAAGUGCUUUGCAGAUGUGUGGAUGACGCAUGAUGUGAGGGGUCUGCAGACGUGGACAGAGGAGCUGGGGACAGAGGGAGUACAGACUUCUCUCCCACACUAAAAUGGAAGAAAACUCCUUUUUUUUUUUUUUAUUAAAGCAAAAAUUGGAGAACCGAAGCUGCAAACUGUCGGAGAGAACUUUCUGGUUACGGCCUGUCUUUGUGACGUGAACACUUAUGAUGAGCAUGGUCUUCCUGCUGACAAGUUUCUUCCUCUGUGAGGGGAGAGCUUUUCCGCUCUCACCUUCCCACCUUUAGAAGAACACACACUUUGGAAUGUAUGUGUUUUCUUCACUGGGUAAUUAGAAAUUUUCCCAGGCAGCAAGCUCCGUAUAAAAACCUGAGUCUCCUAAGAGAAGCCUAGAGUGGUAGCACUCAGCACAGCGCCGUCGCAGGAGCCGGACGGUUCUCGUUUCGUUCAGACAAUUGGCAACGGGGUAAUCUGAUCGGAACCCACUUUUAUGAGAACUACAGAAUUUUAUAAUGCCAGCUGUUUGUUCACCACGGACAUGAACAUUUUCAUGAGAAGUAGAACCUCGGAGCCAGAGCACAGGAAGGAAAAAGCCAUAUGAAAUUUGGAGAGCUAAAUGUUGUCAUCAUUUUAAACAGCUUAAAGGUUGUUGUGUAAAUGAUUUCAUCAUUCAUUUCAAUAAAAACUAUGGAAUGAA